GACCGUCGUCUAGUGGCACAUGCCGGCCAAUGGCUAUCACGAAGCAGCGUGGUGUCAAAGAAUACGGUUAUCUCGCGGGCCGUCUCACCGUCCAGUGCACCGCCGCCGGAUCCGGAUAAUGUUCGUGCACCAAACGAACGAUUUUCGAUUCGUGAACGAAUUGAUAUGUUCGACCGUCUGGAUAGUUUGGGAAUGGAAAGUCGAGAGCGAUUUGAGCGUGCUCGAGUGGCGGUCCGAGAACGGUUGCAGCUACGCACUCCGGCUGACCAGAAGUCCAAGAAAUUGUACAGUGUAUGAAGCUGCCUCUCUCAUUUUUUCAAUUUUUCUAUUUUAUGCACAGUUUGUUAGCGCCUUGAAUUGUUUGCCCGAUAAUUUCUGA